AUGCACCUGUUCAAGGCCCUCCCCAUCUUCGCGACCAUCGCCUCCGUCGCCCUCGCUGACAUUGACCUCGACCGCGAGGACAUUCCCACCCAAUGCACAUCCGUCUGCGAGCCGCUUCGGAGUCUCGUCGAACAAUGCAACGUCGACGAUGAUGCCGUAGGUGGUGACCGCAACGAGGACCUUCUGGAGAAGCAGUGCGUGUGCACGAACACGAGCUUCGACGUCGCUGGUGUCGCUGCGCUUUGUGCGAGCUGCAUGGAGCAGAACGUGAGGGAUCGAGAAGAUCUUGAUGAUAUCCAUGAGAUCAUGACGGCGUGUAGCUUCCAAAGCACCAGCUUCGCCCCAAGCGCUACCACCAUCAUCGAGGGCGUUACCGUCACGGCGACCCGGCCCACGGGCAUUAACCAGCUCACCACUACCACCGGCUCCCAGCCCACCUCGGCCUCCAAUACCAACGGCGGCAACAACGAUGAUAACGGAAACCGUGACAACGCUGCUGGUUCUCUGGCUCCCGGGAUGAUAGUCUCCAUGGCCGGCGCUGUCGUCGGAUUGGUCAUGAUCCUCCAGUAA